AUGGGAUUGCCCGAUGAUUCCUCCAAGCAGGGCGUCCAGCACGUCGAGCAGAACAAUGCAGUCAGCGACGCAGUCAAGGCCAUAGAGAACCGUGACCUAGAGCGGAUCGAGGAAACCAAGCCAGGUACCUUUGUCUGGCUCUGUGUUGCGGCAACCGCGAUCGGAGGCAUGCUCUUUGGCUACGAUACUGGCGUCAUCUCCGGAGUUCUUGUUGUUAUCGGUCAAGACCUCGACAAUAAAGACCUGACUCACUCAGAAAAGGAGUUGAUCACGGCAGUCACCGCAGCCGGAGCCUUGAUUGGCGCCGUCAUUGCCGGUAUUACUGCUGACAAGUACGGAAGAAAGCCUGCUAUCUGGUUCGCCUCUAUCCUCUUUACGAUCGGUGCCCUGCUCCAGGCUACCUCUUUCACGAUUGCGCAAAUGACCGUUGGUCGACUUGUGAUCGGCUUUGGUGUCGGCUCUGCAUCCAUGAUCGUGCCAUUAUACAUCGCAGAGAUUUCCCCUGCCAGAUUCAGAGGCCGAAUGAUCUCAAUCGACAUGAUCUUCCUUGGUGCCGGAUCUGUGCUUGCGUACGCUUUCGCCGCGGCCUUCAACACGACCGCACACGGCUGGAGAUACAUGGUUGGGAUCGGCGGGGUUCCUUCAAUCAUACUCGGUAUUCUCCUUUUCUGGUGUCCAGAGUCACCUCGUCAACUCAUGUUCCACGGCAACCGAAACGACUGUAUCCGGGUUCUGCGACAAAUCUACCCCAACGGCAGUGAAGAUGAAAUCGCGGACAAAGUGAUCUCCAUUGAGCGCGGCGUCAACCAAGCCAAGGUCCUCAACGAAGAAAUUUCCCUCCGAAAGUCUGUCACCAGCCUAUUCAAGGUCCCAGCCAACCUGCGAGCAGUUACCUCAGCUUGUGGCCUUAUGGCUGCCCAGCAGCUCUGCGGGUUUAAUACACUUAUGUAUUACAGUUCCAGUUUAUUCCAGAUCGUCGGCUUCUCGAACCCCGUUGCUGUUGGUACCGUUGUAGCAGGCACCAACUUCAUCUUCACAGUAUUGUCAAUCUUCCUUAUUGACAGAAUCGGCCGGCGAAGAAUCCUGCUCUGGACGAUGUGGGGUAUGCCUGUCUGCCUUGCCGUUGCCGCCAUUGCGUUCCACUGGAUCCCCUUGGACAACAACACUCUAGAGCUGACCACCAAGGAAGUUGGUUGGCCCGCAACCCUGGUCCUGGUUGCAAUGAUCAUGUUCGUGGCCUUCUACGCUGCGGGUUUGGGCUGUGUCCCGUGGCAGGCGAACGAGUUUCUCCCUAUGGAAGUCCGAGCUAUGGGGACCAUGAUGAUCAACAUCUUCAACUGGGGUCCGAACAUCAUCGUCUCUUCGACGUUCUUGUCAAUGAUGCGAGGCAUGACCCCAUCAGGCACGUUUGGUUUAUACGCUGGGCUAUCUUUCUUGGGCUGGGUGUUUGUGAUCUUCUGCUUCCCUGAAGCAGCGAACAUGACGUUGGAGGAGAUCAGGGUAGUUUUCGAGCACGGAUUCGGCGUGAGAUAUGCCGAGGAAUGGCGAAAGCAGAGGAAACUCGAUGUCCAAGCCCGGAAGGAGGAGAACACCGUGUGA